CUUGAUUCUCAGAAAGACGCGACUCCUUCCCCACCUCACGAUGGUGCCUCGCUCUUUUCCUCUCUCUUCCCCGCGCGACUGAAGUGAAUCCCCCAAACUCCCCCCCCACUCUCAUGGCCGGCACGAGCUCCUCCGCCACGCCGCCCGCCAUCGGACCCAAAGCCGCCGGGCUCUCCCGAGGAAUCCGGGUCUCCGGAGCCCCGGUUUCCGUUCGGAUCCCGACGCGGUGCCUUGGGAUCGCCACCUGCAAGCAGAGUGAGCUCGGCCUCGCCGCCGAAGCUCCGUCCUGCAUAUAUGUCGGCCCUAUCGAGACGGCCAGUAAGGAGACUCUUGAAGCUCUCUAUUGUCAGGCACGAGAUGCGUACUACAACGGCAAACCUCUCAUAGUAGAUGACAUGUUUGAUAGAGUGGAGCUAAAACUCCGGUGGUACGGCUCCGAUUCGGUCGUGAAGUAUCCUCGCUGCAGUCUCAGGCGACAAUCAGUGUAUUCGGAUGCAGAGGAAGAUUUGUCUCAGGCUUUCGCCCUUGCCGGCAUAUGGAUUCUGUUUCUGGCGUUUGGAGGCUUAGCAAUGAUAGUGCCAGUACUUUACACCGUUGGUCUGGCUUAUCAAGAUGCACUUAAUUCGGGGAUUUACCAGGGCACCCAGGCCUCUGCACUAGGAUUUCUCUCUGCGGUCAAUGGCGUUCUUCUCAUGGCAUUCGGAUCAGUUGUUGGAUAUCCAAUUUUUUCAGCUUCUGUUGGAGUACUUCAGGGCUUAUGGAGGAAAGACUUGGCAGCUUUGAAAGGGGCUUGUCCAAAUUGUGGAGAAGAGGUUUUUGCAUUCGUCAGGUCAGACCAAUCUGGUAGCUCACCUCAUAGAUCUGAUUGUCAUGUAUGUGACUGCACAUUAGAGUUUUGCACCAAGAUUGAGCCUGUCUCAAUAUUAGGCAGACGAUGGGUUCAUGGUCGUGUAUACCUUGUUUCUCGGAGAGGCAGGACCCGACGCCAAAGAUGGAUCUGAAAUGUCUUCCAAGGCAUAUGCGAACUGUCAUUGCUUUUUGUACAGCGCCAGAACCUCUUCAUUUAUGUCCAGGUUGGUGGGAUUUGUCGAAAUUGGCUUACCUUAAAAGCAAUUGUUAGUUGCCGUAUGAAAAUACCGAGUUUCUGAUACCGUAGAAUAGGACACAUUUGUAAUCAGGGAAAUAAUAUGUUAGAACAAGAUUCAAUCAUUCCUUCGUAUUGUGUUCUGGAACAUCAAAAUUUUGAAGUACUGGUAUAAAGAUUU